CGUAUCGUCAUCACUGUUCGACCAACAUACAAAUUCCCGUGCCGUCAGUGUUAUGCGUUGUUAUGGAGCUUGGGCAAAGUUUGGGUAAGCCAUCAGCUCCAUACAGUGACACGGAUACCCCAGUCACUCCUUACAUGACUCAUGUGAAUGUGUAAUGCGCUGGAAUGGAGCUUGCAACGCCUGGUAUUUAACAUGUUUAGCGCUGUUCUUUCUUGAUUUACAGACGUACCCGGUUUUGUAACUACGCUUUUUGUUUGAAAAUGGCGUCUGAAAUUGACACAGGACUUCCUCCUCCGCUGGAAGACAUGACUCACUUGUUGCAGCAGCUUCAUCCAGACAGCCCCCUGACAUCACCGCCUCACUCCUCAUCUCAUCACCAGAAACGUGUGGAUAACACAGUUCAGCCUGCAGCAUCAACAAGGACUGAUGAGCCAUCCGAAAGAAAACCUAGUGUCUCCACAAGCAAGGAAAAGUGUUCAGCUGCCAGAGGGGGUUUUGGCGGGCUCAAGAAAGGCUUCCUGUUCGGCAGCUCUCCGUCUUCAACACAUACUACUAAACACAAGUCAGUGUCAGAGGAAGAUAAAAUGCCAUUUGUUCAAAAGAACAACUCUCAAACAAAUUCCUUACAUCUACCUGAGCUGGAGCAAGCAAUGAAACCAACACACCCAUUAUUUGACAACAAAGAUUUUGUUACAGAUUCAUUAUUGGAGAAAGUCUCUAAAAAUAAGGUUCUGUCUAAACACCUAGCUGAUCCUACAUUCUCCCAAGCCAUCACAGAGUUUCAGACCAAUCCACAGGCAGCUCUCGUCAAAUACCAACACAACAAGGAAAUCCAACUUGUUUUCAAGGAAUUCUGUGCAUUGAUGGGUAAUCAUUUCUCAGAGCUUGGUGCAGAUGGAUCUCAGUCUCAGCAGCAGCAGCAGCAGCCCUGUGAUGAGGACAUGCAACGAAUGCAGCAGAUCCUGGCCAAUGACCAAGUACGGGAGAUCCUCAUGGACUCCAAAAUUCAAACCCUUCUCACACUUCUGAAAACUGAUACUCAAAAAGCACAGAGAUUUGUUCACGAAGGUGGUUUGGACAUGAAAGUCAAGAUCAACAAAUUGAUUGAUGUAGGACUUCUUCAAAUGGAGCCUUUUUGAUAUUAAUGUACUGUUUGAAAUAUGUGAUAUAUAUAUUGUUUUUUCCAAAUCACUCUUUCUGUAAUGAUGCUUUAUGCUUUUGUUUUAGGUAGCGUGAUAACAAAUGCAACAAUUUUAGAUUCUUUCGGGUGAUCAGAAUUGAUACUAAACGCCUAGGUCUUUAUCCUUAAGUAUUCCUUUAAUACUUGGUGCAAUAAUGUUCCAGUAAAAAACAAUUGGAUCGUUAAACUUUGUAGAUAGAUUCUGCACAACACUUGUCACAAGGUUGACAUUUCUGUGGCUUUUAGGGCUGCACCAGUUGGACUUGCAGGAACUGAAGGAUUUGUAAAUGACUUUGAAGCAGCAGAUUGAUGUGUUUGUGUUUGUAUAUAGAACAGCUAACAUUGUCUGUCUCGGACUCCUUCCUGUUGUAUCAACAACACCAGGCUGAUCUGUGAACCAGUGUUAUAAUAAUCAUCACAUAAAGUGUAUCAACAACACAAAGCUGAUCUGUGAACCAGUGUUAUCACCAUCACAUAAGGUGUAUCAACAACACAAAGCUGAUCUUUGAACCAGUGUUAUCAUCACAUAAAGUGUAUCAACAACACCAGGCUGAUCUGUGAACCAGUGUUAUAAUUAUGAUCACAUAAAGUGUAUCAACAACACAAAGCUGAUCUGUGAACCAGUGUUAUCAUCAUCACAUAAAGUGUAUCAACAACACCAGGCUGAUAUGUGAACCAGUUAUCACCAUCACAUAAAGUGUAUCAACAACACCAGGCUGAUCUGUGAACCAGUGUUAUCAUCAUCACAUAAAGUGUAUCAACAACACACGGCUGAUCUGUGAACCAGUGUUAUCAUCAUCACAUAAAGUGUAUCAACAACACCAGGCUGAUCUGUGAACCAGUGUUAUCAUCAUCACAUAAAGUGUAUCAACAACACCAGGCUGAUCUGUGAACCAGUGUUAUAAUCAUCACAUAAGGUGUAUCAACAACACAAGAUUGGAAUGGUGUUUUGUUCACUGAGAGUCCAGAUUUCAUCUGGGCAGCUCCGAUGGCAGGGCAAGGGUCUACAGACUGCUAUAGAUGAAGGGAAUGCUGACACGUGCGUUGUUCAACGUCGACCGUUUGGUGGCGGUAGCGUUAAGGUAUCUCAUGGUCGGACACAACUUGUCAUUGUCAAUGGUAAUCUGACCGGUCUGUGAUACACAUUGGGCCUCACGUGCAGCCGUUCUUUCAAGAGAGGUAACUUACGCUUAAGCAAGAUAUUGCCCGUCCACAUGUCGCUCGUGUUGUGGCGUAUUUCCAGAGACAGACGAACUUUCCGGUAUUAUCUGGCUAGUUGCUUCUCCGGGCCUGUCCCCUGUCGAGCACGCUUGGGGUGAAAUGGAGAGACAUUUACGUCAAGCCCAAAAUCAGCAUUAAGAAAGGGUACAACGUCAAAUAAUACACUUUAUUAAAGUAAUAUAUAUAUGAAAUCCUCCUUUAAA